GUGAGCGCGAGCGCGGAUGGUGCGGAAAGCAUGACUCGUGUGUGCGCGUUGGAAGAGCUCCCACGCGGGGAUCGCAAGCUCGUUCGAGCGCUCGGCAAGAGCAUUUUGAUGUUUUGGUAUCGCGACACCGUGUUCGCUAUCGAAUCUCGCUCGCCGGCCGAAGGAGCGUACAGCGAAGGUUUCGAAAAGGCACGUCUCACGCAAGAUGCCUGCAUCGAGUGCCCGACGACGAAGAGUAAAUUUGAUUUGAAGACGGGCGAGAUCAAGGAGUGGUAUCCGGAAAACCCGGUGUUGAAAGCGUUGACGCCGCAAGACACGUGCCGCCCGAUGGAGGUGUUCCCGGUGGAGGUCAGAGAUGAUGGUAUUUAUCUUGACGCCAAGAAUGGCUCGCUCGGCCCGGGUUUCGUUGCCCCGAUCGGUUUGGGUGGUUCGAACACGUCUUUGGAGAACAACAACGUCUUCGCCGUCGAGACGCCGAUGUACGUGGAGGGUGAAGGUAUCGGCGGCUCCAUGGCAUCCGGAGGUGACAGCUCUGGUAAGAUGGACGCAAGCCAACUCGGCGGCGCGAUUGCGGUCGCCGGCGUCGUCGCAGUCGCCGGUACGGGAGCGUGCCUUUACUUUGAGAACUUUUAUGCGUUGGCCGCGCUGUGGAUCGCCGGCUUUGCCGCGGCAGCCGGCGUGGCGUUGAAGACCACGGGCGCGCUCGACGAGGAGUAG